AUGGGGCUCCCUGUAGGGAUGUGGCUCUGGCUCUGGGCCGCACAGGUCUCUUCGGAGGAAUCGGAGCCCGCCUGCCUGCCCGUGGCAGGAGAGGACUGCUAUCGGCUGCUCCGGUGGCCACAACCCGCCUUGCGUGCAGUGAUUUUGUGCGGACAAUCCCACGGCCGGCUCCUCCACACGUGGAACCAGCAGAUCCAGGACGCCCUGCGCGACCGCCUGGACGACAGGAGCAAAACCUGGAUCGGGGCUGCAGCAAAGGCGCUCCCAGAAGUGAGCCACCCUGGCAAAGGUGAGAGCGGGGCGGGGGCGCAGAGGCCCAACAGCAGCACCGCAGAAGAGGGGCAGCAGCAGCCAAUUCCAGUAUACGCUCCCGGGAUGUGUGUUAUUCCCCACUCAGCAUCUCUGACUCGCCCAGACGCCAAACCCCUCAGGGCAAGACCGCCACCCUCCCUACACAAGGUGGGACCACCCUCUCCUCGUGGGGAUCGAGGCGGGGCAGCCAAGCUGCUCACUUCAAGGGCCCAGCCAGGCCCUGCAGACCCUUCCCUCCGUCGAGGGACUCCGCCCACCAGCGUUUCAAGGACACUCAGGAUGGCAACCAUCCUCCCAUGCCAAGCCCCGCUGCUGAUGGCUCAGCUCUGCAGUCUGUGACAGGCAGUCAAGGAGUGGGGAGGGUUAAAAAUAAUAAUAAUGCAAGGCUGUCCGAGGGUUUGCUACCAGGCACUCACCCUAUGCAAAGGCUCCCCUUAAACCACUUGCCACCACUGGGAGACUCUAGUCUGGAGAGGGAGCGGAGCCCUACAGGGGGCGCUCAGGGCAGCCUCAGCCGGAAAGCCUUAUCCUAAGAAAAUCCCCCAAAGGCAAACAACUGGCGGGCUGGUGCUGAGUGUGGGGUGGCGGGGAAGAGGGAUAACCGUGUCUGACGGCGGCGCCUACUCUCCGCAGACCACUGCAAAGUCCUCGUCCGGAAUGGGGACCAAUUCUAUACCAGGAGGGAGGAGUGUGACCAGAAGCACUUUUUCAUCUGCCAGUCUGGUGCGUGAGUCUGCCCGCCCCCGGGGUGGGAGUUCGUGCCCUCAUUCCGCACCCACAGGGGCUUGGGCAGGGGGCCUCCAGCUUCAAAGAGCGAGAAGGACCUCGUGGCUGAGCUGAGGAUGAGACUCUCUGGACGGCCCCCCCCCCACGAAGCACGCCCUUUCGAGGUGGCUGCAACCCCGGAGGCAGGGCCAGGGCCAGGCUCUCCCUAGGCGGCUGGGCUGGGCCGUCGCAGGUCCUAGAACCGGCCCCUGCCGCCCAGGAAGCGCCCCUUCCAUGAAUUCUCCCGAGCUCAACCCCUUCUGCUCUCUGUCCGCUACAGGCCCCCCGAGGACGCCCCGAGAGACUUCCACGCCCUGGGUGGUAAGUUCCCGCCAAAGCAGGUGCCUGCGCAGCCGUCGAACAGGAACGGGCGAAGGUUCUCUAGGCCGCCGUCGCUGCGCAGCGCCCCCUGGACUGACUGCAGCGCACCGCCGAGCAGCCGGCCCUGGUGACUUUCUCUCCCUGUUUCCCAGAGAACGACCUGCCAGCAUUUGACGUGCGGCCCGACGGAGGCGACGCCCAUCCUCACCGAAGAGCCGACGGCGACUGCUCCUCUGAGCGCCCAGGCCUCCGCCGCGACUCCUCCGCCGCCCAGUGCUCCUCCAGGAAGCAGCACAGUUCGCCAGCCGACCACCGCUGACAUCCAGCCAUUCCUUGGGACCAGGCCAGAACUCGGCACUCCCCACCAUCCUCCGAGCAGCCCCAAGUCGGCAUCCAGCACGUGGCCCGCCAGCAACAGCAGCCAGACCCGCCCCACCUCUCAGACCUCAGCCCCAGAGCCCAGCACUCAGCCGCUGCCCACCAGCAAAACCACCUCGGGGGGUACCAAAAGCCACGAGUCCAACACCAGCCCGGACUCCUUCACCUUCAGCCCUAGAGACUUCCCCCCUGAGGACCAGGGGAAGGUAGGGAGACAUCUGGACUGGCACCUGCUCCCACCCUGGUGGCACCUUGUCCAGACAGGCUCUCCUCUCUCUUCGUCCCAUACCCCACACCCUGCUCCGGAGAUGCCAGGAGGUGGGUGGGUGGGUGUGCAUUGCAGGAUUCUUCCUUUGCACCUGGAAAAACUAACGCUGAGGUGCAGAUCAAAGAUGAGUGUGACUCGUAUGUGAUUUCCCAGGGAUCCAAAGUCACUUAGUGAGGGAUUUCCAGACUGGUUUUGCCCACCGCAGAAAGGGGGGCAAGUGGCUAUGGGGAAGCGUGGGGGGGGAUGUGUGGCUCCCUCCAGCCUAGCUGCCUUCUCAGGUCUUCCCCCUAUAGGGUAGAGGAGCCUUCCCAGAGUUAGAGAUUUAGCGAUAAGCUCUACUUGCAGGCUCACUGACAGCGUAAUAGGGCAACCAGGCCCCCUUCUCCCCCAGCCCCUCUCACUCAGGGUCUGUCCCACAGGCCCUAGAGAAGGUGCUGCACCAGUUCAGCCAGGCUGUGCAGACCCCAGACCACCCUAUGGCACUGGAGCAGGCAGCCCGGAUGCUGGAGAAUUUGACAAAUUUCCAUGCUCUGCUCUCAGACGAUGCCCAGGUACUGGCAUGUGGCAGGGAGGGAGGGGCGGUGGGUGGGUGGCAGGCACCCCUGAUCUAAGGGUCUGUCCCCUGCGGCCUAUUUUCCCAGUCCUUGGUUGAACCAGGCUCUACCCAGGCUAUGUACAGAGGCAAGCCUGCCGCUUGGCACAGCCAGCCUUGCCCUUGCACCCCCAAAUCAGCCCCGCCAGAUGACCAGCCCUGCCUUGUUCCUACAGGCCUCUGCCAGCCAGGCACUCCUCUCCCUGAGCUCUCAGCUACUGAGGGACCACCCUGCCAGCAAUGCCUCCUGCCUAGACCUCGGAUCACAGGCUCUUUUCCAGGCCCUCAGCAACCUCCUCCAAGCCUCAGGCAGCCAGACACCCAGCUUCGGCCCGCAACAGGUGGGGGAGAAAGAGGACCUGCAGGGGUCGGGUGGAGAAGGCUAUUCAGAAGGAUGGGGUUGCCAGCUCAGGCCUGCUGCAUGGCUGGGUCCCAUUCUGAAGGCACCCCCUUUUGUCCAGGCCUUCCCCUUGCUCCUGAGCCCAUGGGAAGGGAGCUGAGUUUCCCGGCUUCCCGCCCUGGCUCUGCCCAGCUCCUGACCACACCUGGCCUUUCUGCGGCAGGAACCAAAGGUCCUAGAAACAGCACUGGAAGCCCUUCCUCUGAUCCAGACGGGGCUCCUGUUGGGAAGCUCCACCAUGGAGGAAUCCACAGUAACUGUGGUGUCUCCUGUGCUCAGCACCACCCUCAGCAGGUACCAGUCUCCUCUCUCCUAGGCGGGGGGGACUUGUUCAGGGCAACUGAAUGAAUUGUUUGGUUGCCAAUUACCUAUUGGAAUCCUUUUGGUACGCAGAGUAAGACAUUGUUCAGUGAAUGCAUCUUGGUUAGGGAACAGACUUUUAUGAGUUACAAUCUCACACACAGGGAUGUUUGUAGUUAAGAUAAAUAAUAAAGGAGUCUAUUACAUUAUUUUAAAAAUUAGUAUUACAUUUAUAACCCACUUUUUCUCCAAAAAGCUCAGGAUGGCUCACAGACUUCUCCUUUUCUCCAUCUUAUUCUCACAACAUCCUUGAGAGGUAGGUUGGGGCUGAGAGAUAGUGACUGGCCCAAAGUCACCCAUUGGGUUUCAUGGCUGAGAGGGGAUUUGAACCCUGGUCUCCCACGUCCAUGUCUUUCACUCUAACCACAUAGUUGGAUAGAAGAGUUCCAAGUUCUAGCCUAACAAGUCUGUACUAGAGCAUGGUAGCCAUGCUGCCUCCUAUCUUAUCUCAGAGGAUAAUUCUUCUUGGAGAGAGAAAUGUGAGAGGAGCAGGAAGUUGUGAAACAGAGUGCAGCCUGAGAAUAUCAAAAGAGAGAGAGAGGUGAGCUGAAGAGGUUAAUGACACAAAGGUAGUCUGGGAAUCUGGAGGUCUUGAACUCUGUCCUAUCAGUCCUAGCUACGCAAGACCCCUCUUCUGAAAAUGGAGUUGCACUCAAACUUUCAACAGUAACCACUCUCCCCACUCCCUACCAGGUGUGACAAAGCCUCCCUGCCCCAUGCCUCCUUCCACCUGCUUCAGCCAAGGGGCCUGAACGUAACCUUCCCAUCCAGCUCUACUCUGGAGCCAGUUCUGAGCCAGCACCCUCAAGUACAAGUCCAGGUAAGGUGGUAGUGGCUUGCAGCCCACUGGGUCCUUGUAGGGGAACAUAGUGCAGGGCUGGCAGGGCAUGGAGGUGGGGCAGAGGGCACCCCCACAGCUCGCUCUUGCUCUCAUCUUCACUCUAGGUGGCUUCCUUUGCAUUCAACCCUUUCCGGCACCUGGAUGGGAAGCCGAUCAAAAGGACGGCAAGUAUCGCUCUCAUGGCCAGCGAGGAAUCCAUCGGUGUCCACAAUCUUGCAGAGGAAAUAGAGGUGAGAAUGGAUACUGUACUGGAAAGUUCUCUCAUCAGGGGGACUCUUCUCUCGGCACCCAAGUGGCAUGGAGAAGCAGCGCUGUCCAAGGUCCAGCUCUGGAUCAGAGAUAAGCACUUUGUGCUGUAUGGCCUGAUGGGAGACAGUAUGUGCUCAAGGACCAGUGGGGGGGACUGCAGGGCUGACCAUGGGCAUUCUGUCUGCUUCCAGAUUGGGCUCAGUGCUGAGGCUAGUGCUGAGGCCCCUCACACUCACUUGACUGGCAACGUCAGGAACUUUGACAUUGUGGUAAACAUCACAUCAGUAGAGGAUGCCCUGCUAGUAUCGGUGGAAUCCAGCACAGUGGUCCAGAUCACCUUGCACCUGGGCCUCCAACCUGAGCCCAACAAGAACAGCAGCCUGCUCAACACCACCCUGCCCAGCAGCGGAUGGCAAGAUGGUGAGGACUUGUUAGAAGGAAGCUAGAGGGCAGGUACUGCUUUGGGAUUUCCUAUUGGAGCAUCUGAUUGACCUCUAGGAGAAUAGUGCUGGACUAGAAUGGCCAUUGGCCUGAUGCAUCAGGUUCUUCUUAUGCUCGUACAUACAACACAAUGCUGCAUGUAUCCCCUUAAAAGUAAGUCUCAUUGGAGUUCAGUAAGGUAACUCUUGGGUAAGUGGGCAUAGCUUUGAGGUGUUAACUUCACCAACUGUUCUGGGUUUCAGCCAUAAGACAUGACCUAUAUGGCAGGCUUCCUCAAACUCGGCCCUCCAAAUGUUUUGAGACUACAAUCCCCAUCAUCCCUGACCACUGUUCCUGCUAGCUAGGGAUCAUGGGAGUUGUAGGCCAAAAACAUCUGGAGGGCUGAGUUUGAGGAAGCCUGCUAUAUGGGAACAAUUUACCUCUAUAAAUAAAAAGGGAAAGUUGCAAAAGUAUUCAGAUUGAAUCAGCUGUGUUUCAAUUAUUUAAUUGCCCAUUAAAUUCAUUUAAUUGCAAAUUAACAUGGUGUAGUGGUCAGAUUUGCACUGUGGGAAACAUCAAUGGGAAAUUUGAUUUAAAUCGCUUAGUUAAAUCAGCCCGUUUCUUCAUUUAUAUAAUUGACCAAACCACUUUGAUUUAAAUCUGUGCACCUGGGAGUAGGGAGGGGCUUGAGGAGCUGGGGCCAGGCAGGACUGUGUCCCCAGUGGAGGAAUGUGUGGGUGAGGUCAGUGGGUGUGGUCCCUCUUUGCUCUCUUUGAUUCACUGCUCUUGCUUCAGAGGGUACCUAUACCUGGGUGAUUCCUCCAGAGGAGCUGCAGCAUCAUGGCCUGGGCACCUACUACAUCUCUGCAGAGGUGGCUCCCCUCUCUCAGGGCCCCUGGAACCUCUCCAUUCACACCAUCAUCUCUGGAUGCUACUACUGGUCCAGCCAGCAUCAGGCCUGGAAAAGUGAUGGAUGUCGGGUAUGCAGUAGGGUCAAGCAGGCCAGAGGGCUGUUGGGCAGGCAAGCAAGCCUUUGCUUCCAUGCUGGGAGGAAAAAAAAGUAGGGCAGAAUGUCAUGGGGAACCAAAUGGAGCAGAACUUUUGGGCCUCAUCCUCCUGUGUUGGUUUCUAAUGCAUCAGUGCCUCCCUCCCAGGUGGGCUCCCAAAGCAGCGUCCACAGCACCCAGUGCUUGUGCAACCACCUCACCUUCUUUGGGUGCGUCGCCUUGGUCCUGCCACACCUGAUUGACCUUCACAACACUGCAAAGCUCCUGAGCACCGUGGGCCAGAACCCUUCCGGGCUGGCCUUGCUAAGCAGCUUGUUGCUGGGCUAUGGAGCUGCCCUCGUUUGGGCUCGAUGGAGACAGAGAACGGAUGUUAAGAAGGUGAGGGAAAAGGGCAAGCAAAAGAUUUAUGAUGGUGGUUUGGGGUUAUUAGCAUUUGCAGGCCAGAGACACUCCCCCAGCUGCCCUCAUUCAGGCCAUUCUUGUCUGAUGUGCUGAAAUGAGGAACAAUGAGAUAUUUAUCCAGCAAACAGCUGAGAGCCAGAUACCCUGGAAAAGCCGACUGGCUGAAGGGGGCUUGGCCAUUUCUUUUUUUUUUUUUUAAAUGAUAUUUAUUAAAAUUUCAGAGAAAAAAAGAAUUACAGAAAAACAAAAAGUAAAAAUACAAGAAAAAUACAAAAUACAGAAUAAAAGAAUAAAAGACACUUAAAAAGAAAAAAAGAAAAAUGGGUCAAUCUUUCCAUAGCUUACAUUCAUAUCCUUGUUUCCCUGACCACCUCAUACCUCCCUUUUUUGUAUUCCAGUUCAAUUAGUUAAGUCAGCAAUUUCUUUCCCUCUUUGUUUUCUCAUGAUCCUUUAACUUAAUAUACUAUAACUUUAAAUUUUCAUCUAUUAACAAUCCUUUUUUACAUACACCUUUAUAGCAUUACUGCUUAAACCACCUAACUUCAUUCCAACAUCAUUCUAACAUUCAUUAAUUUUGCAAUAUUUCUCUAAAUAAUCUUUAAAUUUCUUCCAAUCUUCUUCCACCGACUCUUCUCCCUGGUCUUGGAUUCUGCCAGUCAUUUCCACCAAUUCCAUGUAGUCCAUCACCUUCAUCUGCCAUUCUUCCAGAGUGGGUAGGUCUUGUGUCUUCCAAUACUUUGCAGUAAGUAUUCUUGCUGCUGUUGUGGCAUACAUGAAGAAAGUUCUGUCCUUCUUUGGCACCAUUUGGCCGACCAUGCCCAGGAGAAAGGCCUCUGGUUUCUUCAGAAAGGUAUAUUUAAAUACCCUUUUCAUUUCAUUGUAAAUCAUCUCCCAGAAAGCCUUAAUCCUUGGGCACGUCCACCAAAGGUGAAAGAAUGUACCUUCGGUUUCUUUACAUUUCCAACAUUUAUUAUCGGGCAAAUGAUAGAUUUUUGCAAGCUUGACUGGUGUCAUGUACCACCUGUAUAUCAUUUUCAUAAUAUUCUCUCUUAAGGCAUUACAUGCCGUAAACUUCAUACCUGUGGUCCAUAACUGUUCCCAGUCAGCCAUCAUUAUGUUAUGUCCAACAUCUUGUGCCCAUUUAAUCAUAGCAGAUUUCACCGUUUCAUCCUGAGUAUUCCAUUUCAACAGCAAGUUAUACAUCUUUGACAAAAUCUAGGUUUUGGGUUCUAACAGUUCUGUUUCCAAUUUUGAUUUUUCCACCUGGAAGCCAAUUUUCUUGUCCAAAUUAUAUGCCUCCAUUAUCUGAUAAUAAUGAAGCUAGUCUCGCACUUUGUUUUUUAAUUUCUCAAAACUCUGCAAUUUCAGUCUAUCUCCAUCUUGUUCCAAAAUUUCCCAAUAUUUUGGCCAUUUGACCUCCAUAUUGAGCUUUUUCUGAGCUUCCAUCGGUGACAGCCACCUUGGGGUUUUGUUUUCCAAUAAGUCCUUGUAUCUUGUCCAAACAUUAAACAAUGCUUUUCUGACAAUAUGAUUUUUAAAUGCUUUAUGUGCUUUGACCUUAUCAUACCACAGAUAUGCAUGCCAUCCAAAUACAUUGUUAAAACCUUCUAGAUCCAAAAUGUCUGUGUUUUCAAGAAGCAGCCAUUCUUUCAACCAGCAAAAAGCUGCUGAUUCAUAGUAAAGUUUAAAGUCUGGCAGGGCAAAUCCACCUCUUUCCUUUGCAUCUGUUAAUAUUUUAAAUUUUAUUCUAGGCUUCUUGCCCUGCCAGACAAAUCUAGAAAUAUCUCUCUGCCACCUCUUGAAACAGUCCAUUUUGUCCACAAUUUGCAAUGUUUGAAACAAAAACAACAUUCUAGGCAAUACAUUCAUUUUUAUCGCAGCAAUACGACCCAGCAGUGAAAGCUUCAAAUUUGACCAAAUUUCUAAAUCUUUUUUCACUUCAGCCCAACAUUUUUCAUAGUUGUCUUUAAAUAAAUUCCCAUUUUUUGCUGUCAUGUUAAUCCCCAGGUAUUUAACUUUCUUAGCCACUGUUAAACCUGUCUCAUUCUGAAACCUCUCUCUCUCAAUUGGUGUUAAGUUUUUCUCUAAAACCUUGGUUUUUAACUUAUUCAAUUUAAAUCCUGCAACCUGACCAAAUUCUUGAAUCAGUUCUAAAACCCUUUUGGUACUAGAUUCUGGCUCCUGUAACGUCAAUACUAAGUCAUCUGCAAAUGCUCUCAAUUUGUACUGUUUGGCUCCGACAUAUAUACCUUUAACCAACUGGUCCCUUCUAAUCAUGUUCAACAAAACCUCCAGGACCGAUAUAAAAAGCAAUGGGGAGAUUGGGCAACCUUGUCGUGUCCCUUUUUCUAUCUUAAAUUCUUCCGUCACCACAUUAUUUACAAUUAAUUUAGCCUUUUGUUCAGAAUAUAUUGCACUUAUACCAUUUUCAAAGCCUUGGCCUACCCCCAUACCCUGUAAGUUCUUCUUCAUAAAACUCCAAGAAAUGUUGUCAAAAGCUUUCUCCGCGUCCACAAAUAUUAAAAAUGCCUUAGUAUUUAUAUUCUCUUGUAAUUUUUCUAAAAUAUUGAUUAUGUUUCUCACAUUGUCAGAUAGAUGUCUACCCGGGAGAAAGCCUGCUUGGUCUUUAUGUAUCUCUUCCGCUAACACUCUUUUUAGUCUUUUAGCCAAGAUGUCAGCAAAAAUUUUGUAAUCCACAUUGAGCAGUGAUAUGGGGCGGUAGUUCUUAAGCUGCAUAUUUUCAGUCUCUGUUUUCGGUACAAGUGUGAUAUACGCUUCUUUCCACGACUCUGGUGCCCUUUUCCCAUCCAUUAUUUCGUUACAGACUUCUUUUAAAGGUUGUACUAACCAUUCUUUUAAAGAUCUGUAGUAUCUAGAAGUCAGUCCGUCCGGUCCUGGAGAUUUACCCAAUUGCAUAUUCUGAAUGGCACCUUCUAUCUCCUGUUCAGUUAUUUUAUAGUUCAACAUUAAUUUAUUUUCUUGAGAGAUUUUUGUAAUCCAUUUGUUUUCAAAAAUCGGUCUACAUCAAUUUCUUUCUGUGGCCCUUGUGUAUAUAGUUGUUUAAAGUACCUCUGGAAACAAUUUCUAAUCUCAGCUGGGUUCUGUAUAUUCCUUCCUUCCACUUCUAGAUUUGUAACUGUAUUUAAUUUUUGUCUUUUUUUCAUUUGCCAAGCCAAUAAUUUCCCACAUUUAUUAGCCGACUCAAAUGUCUUUUGUCUCAUUUGUUUGAUUUUCCAUUCUAUCUCUUGAUUCAUCAUUUUCAUGUAUUGUACUUGAUAUAACUUUAUUUCUCUCAAUAUCUCUUGCGACUUUGGUUUUGCUCUCAAUUUCUUUUCACUUUCCUUUAUUUUCUCCAAUAUUUUAUCCUUCUUUUCAUUUUGGAUUCUCUUCUUUAAUGUAUUCUGUUGUAUCAAGAACCCUCUCAUAACAGCUUUGCUUGCGUCCCAGAUUACUCUUUUUUCAACAUUGGUGUUCAUAUUUAUCUCAAAAUAAUCUCUCAAGGUUUUUUGGGCCUUCUUAAUCACUUCUUCAUCUCUAAAUAAGGUGUCAUUCAUCCUCCAUCUGAAGGAACCAGUUGGUGUUAGUUUCAUUUCCAUCUUAACCGCAUUAUGGUCGGAGCAGGUUUUUGGGCAGAUUUCCACUUUUCUUAUCUUUGGUGCCAUUCCUCUAGUUACCCAUAUUUGGUCAAUUCUUGUCCAUGUCAGUUUGGCUUCAGAGAAGAAGGUUCCCUCUCUAGCCAAGGGAUUCUUUGUUCUCCAGAUAUCAACUAAGUCCAAGUUGUCUGUCGUCUCAAAAAAAGUUUUCGGUAGUCUGCCAUCCUUAGUGACUGCCUGUCUUUGCGCCUUGUCCAUGUGUAUAGAUACCACUCCAUUCAUAUCUCCCAUCAAAAUCACAUUAUAAUCCAAAUAGUCCAUCAAGGUCUCAUGCAACUUUUUAAAAAAUUCAGAUUUCCCCUCAUUUGGUGCAUAAACUCCUACUAUCAAGAAUUUUUCUCCUUGUGUUUGAAUUUCAAUUGCCACAAAUCUUCCUUGGUCAUCUUUGAGGAUAAAUUUCGGUAAUAGUCUCUCCUUUGCAUAAAUCACUACCCCUCUUUUUAUAACCUUGUCCGAUGAAAUAAAUUCCUGACCCAGUCUUUUAUUAAUCAGUAGUUUCCUGUGUAGCCUUGUUACAUGUGUUUCUUGUAAACAAAUCAAGUCCAAUUGUUCCUUUUUUAAUAAAUGAAACACAGAUCUCCUUUUCUGAGGGGAGUUCAAACCAUUACAGUUCCAGCUUAAUAGUUGCAGAGCCAUGAUGUAGUUACUUUGCUUCUCCUCCAACUGCACCCAGUGCCUGUUCCUGAUCUGUCGGUGGUAUCCCCUUCUUCAGGCGGUCUUUUAGUUCAGGAGGUAAACCUGGUAUGUCUAAAGUUUCACUUACAAGUGCUCUUAACUCUUCUGCAGCUUCCUUCUGUAGGUCUUCUCCAUGGUCUCUCCAAAAUCUAUCUUUGUCGUCCUGUGAUCUUAUUUUUAUCUUCUUCCCUUUGUAACUAAAGGAUAGGCCUUGGGGGAAUUCCCACCUAAAGAUAAUUCCGUUACUUCUCAACAGGGCAACCAAAUCUCUAUAAUUGGACCUAAGGUCCAAAAGAUACUCGAAUAUCCUUAAAUAUCUCCACUUUUGACUGAUGUAUUUCCAAAGUCUUCUGGAAGUGCAGACUCAAGAUUUUGUCUCUCUCCUCUUUUGUUCGGAGGGUGAUCAAACAGUCUCUCACCCUGUUCCUCCUCCCUCCUCUUCCAAGCCUAAAGGCACUCACUAUCUUGGAACUAUCCUUCUCCAAAUCUGGGUUCCAAAAGUCUGCAAAUUUCUGCGUAAGAAAGUCAAUCAAGUUGUCUUUCUCAAGUUCAGGUACGGCCCUGAUCCUUAAAUUCGUUUGUUUCUCCUUCAACUCAAUCAUAGACAAUAUUGACCUGUGGUCUUCAAGUUGUUUGUAUAACGGUGGUAUCUUCUCUUCUACCACAGUGGCUGUAGCUGUUGCUAUUUCCUUUGCCUCUUCGGCUGUCUUUCGUGUCGAGGUAGAUUCCUGUAGUAAUUUCUGAAUAGUUUCUGUAUUGGUAUUUACCUUCUGUCCCAAAUUAUUAAUACUUGUAGUAUUUUGGUCAAUUUUGCCCAAUGCUUCGGCUACUUGUUUACUUAUUUUGUCCAAAGAUUCAUUAAUUUUACCAAGUGCCUGAGCCAAAGCAUCUUCAGCUGCCAUUCCUUUGGGUUUAGGUUGUGCCGAUGAGGCUCCUGUUGGUAAUCCAGAAGGGCCAGAUGUCGAUGCUCUUCGUUGCAGCCCACCGUCUGUACGAAAUACUCUGCCAGACCUCGUUGCUUUUUCCUGUAGCGAAUCUAUUUUCUCCUUUCCAUCUGCCAUAACACUCUAGAUAAGGUCCAAGGUCAAUCUCACGAUCAGAAUUUGUUUUGAAGUGGAAAAUUCCCCUGGCCCAGCUGCUACUGUAACAAUUUCAAACUUCCUCUAGGGGGACACAGUAGCAGUCAGAAGUGUCUUAAAGUAAUUAACUUUUUCCUUUAGCCCCCCAAUUCACAAAAAGGACAACAGUUUCAAUCUCAGUUAUUUCCUGUUACUUUAAAACCAGGAGAAGCCAGUCAGAAAUAUUGUAUCUUACUUGUAUCUCAGAUGCAGAGUUAACUGUCAAAGAGUACUUUCAGCAACAGCGCAUUCCCAAUACGGCUUUCUUACUGUUCACUGGCAACCUGUUCUAGGGUUUUGAGCGGUGGAUUUUAGCUUCUUUUCCUCUCUUUUCUACAGGGAAAUACAGUUCAAACCUUUCCCCCCUCCUCCCCUGCAAUCAAGGGGGGGAAAUCGCUUGUUUGAUGUUCGAAUUAUAAUCCUUUUGGGGGGCUCGGCCAUUUCUAGGGCCACCCACCCCAUUUGUGUCUCUCCCCCCUCCAGGUGAAGGUCACAAUCCUAGCAGAUAAUGAGGCCACCGCCUGCUUCCCUUACCUGGUACAAGUCUUCACAGGCUACCGCCGAGGGGCUGGGACCUCUGCUAAGGUAGGGGAUGGUCUCACUUUCCUGCAGGCCCACUUUGUACUGUUGAUGGUACAAGUGCUGCCCAUCAAGUUCCGUGACCUCAGGCACCUGCCCACAGAAUCUGGGCCGAGUCUGGCAAAUCUCUCCCUAUCGGUGUGUGGGGUGCAGGCUUCUGUGUGACUGGCUGCAUGCAAAAGCCUGUCUUUGAUGACAUCCUUCAUGUGCUCCCUGCUUGGGCAAGGAAUUGAGGAAAGGAAGCAAUCCAUGAACCCCACCCAGCAUCCGCCCUCUUUUCCUUUUCCUUGAUUGACCCCUUCUCCCUCCUUGGCUUGAGGUUAUCCUGACCCUCUAUGGGGCAGAGGGCCGGAGUGAGCCACACCUGCUACAGCACCUCCAGGGGCCCUCCUUUGAGCGAGGUGGGCGUGAUGCCUUCCUCCUUGCCACACAGAAGUCCCUGGGCAACCUCCACGCCAUCCGCCUCUGGCACGACAACACUGGGUCCAACCCCAGCUGGUAAGUCCAUGGCCCAGCGAGGGCUGAGGGUGGGGUUAGAGGCGAACCAGACUGCAACUGGGAUGCCAGGCAAGGAGGAGGUUGGAAGCACACGACUGGUGUGGGAGAGUCCGUUGGCAUCACCAGACCUUAUCAGAUGCUAGUAGGCAAAGGGACACUGCAGCUGGCAUACCUAGUCCUCCCAUGCCAUGGGGUUAUGCUGCCAGGACCUGGACACAUGCAAAAUUCCCAGGUCCUCAAAGUACCAUAUUUUUCACUCUAUAAGACACACCAGACCACAAGGCACACCUAGUUUUUGGAGAAGGAAAACAAGAAAAAAAAUAUUCUGAAUCCCAGAAGCCCGAACAGCAAGAGGGGUCUCUGCUUUUGCUGCGCAGCAAUCCCUCUUGCUGUUCUGGCUUCUGGGACAGCUGCGCAGCCUGCAUUCGCUCCAUAAGACACACACACAUUUCCCCAUACUUUUUAGAAGGGAAAAAGUGCAUCUUAUAGAGCAAAAAAUACGGUACCUCCUUUCAAGCCUAUGCUGAAGAAAUUCACAAGAUCCCUGUCCAACUGUAGCAAAACUAGCUGCAGGACAGCUGGACAUUCCAGGGGGACGAUGGAACUGUGGCAUGUCUUGUCCCACCCAAGGUUCAUGCUCACCAUGUUAAAGGCCAGCUUUGGCUCCAGAGGCUACAUUGUCAUGUCAAAUAAUGCAUUAUGACCCACCUUUGGUCUGAACCCCCAAACAUAAGGGAUACAUCAGAGAGGGAAUACCCUUCCAUAUUCAGUCUUUUCCCAAAGCUGCUGGGCAAAGAACGCUUUAUGUAUAGGUUAACUUGGAACAAAGCUUCCCUUGUGCUUGAAGGAAGCCACAUGCAGCUCUCUGCUUUGGCAAGGUAAUGAGGGCAGAAGGAAAAGAUCCCCACUGCUUCCCUUUAACCUGCAGCUCUUGAGUGAUGGGGGAGUGGGGGCAGAUCCCUUGGCUGCAGCUAAUGGGCAUCACAUGACUGCUUGGCAGUGCCACCCAUGUGUGGGCAAAUGACUGAAAGGCCUGAGCCUCCUGCAGGUUUGUGAGGCGGCUGGUUGUCUGUGACCUGCCUGCCAAGAAGAAGUGGCAUUUCCUGUGUGACUCUUGGCUGGCAGCUGACCUGGAGGAUGGCCAUGUGGAUAAAGUCUUUGCUGCUGCCUCCGAGAGGGAUCUCCUGUCCUUCAGGUAAAUAUGAGCCCCACCCACCCACCUCCUGCCAGUUUGUGGCAUCUCUGGAAUGUGUUUUUGCCCUUGGGGUGUUUCUGCCCCUGAUCUACCCAACAGGUACCUUGCCUUUGACUGAAUUAUGCUAAGAACACCUGUGUGAAAAAGCAAUAUGCAGACAUCAAAAAAUAAAAGUCAGGGAACGGCAGGCUUUGUCCCAGAAUCUGCUUGGAAUGACAAAUCUCAGACCCAGUGCAGAAAGUUCCUUUGACUAUACACAGAGAGGGCCUUUCUCUCCCACCCAUCUGGGAGAUGGGUCUUCCUUCCAGGUCAGAGAGUGUGAUGCAGCUUCCAGCUCCUCUCCAUUCAGAAAUUAGGUGCAGCAGGAAAGGUCCCACCCUGCUCCUGGCCCUUGACCCUCUCUGGCUCAGCCCACACCAAAUACAUCCCUUAUCCCACUUCACCAGGUACCAGUUCUGGUCAGGGCUGGUGGACAAAUUGACGCAGGAGCACCUGUGGCUGUCGGUGGUGACCUGCUCGCCCUGGAGCCCCUUCACCCGUGUGCAGAGGCUCUCCUGCUGCCUGGCCCUCCUCUGCUGCACCUUCCUCAUCAACAUCAUGUUCUGGAGAAAAGAGGCAGCGUCCAGAAGCCCUGAGGCUGGUGAGUCGGCUGCCAGCUGGAGACUAGCAUAGCCAGUGCCUUUCCUUGUCCCCCGCCCCAACAUGAUGCAGGUGGGUGCUGGGCUAGGGGCAGGUGAGUGGGGGGGGUAGGGAAGAGGCUGGCUUCCCACCACUUGCCAUGGCUCACAGCCCCCAAGGCAGAGCCCUAAAGAGUCCUGUGUUUUUGCUCCUGUCCCCAUGCUCCACCUUCCAUGCAUAGGGCUUGUGUGUCUCCAAGUAGCACUGAGGAUUCUAAGCUUCACAAUGGAGCUGGGAGUCCCCCUCUGGACGCCGCCCAGCAUUUUUGGCAUUGAAACUGCCUCAGCCACAGCAGUGAUCCUUUUGGCCACCCCCUCCUCCUGACUGAAGGUCUCUGUCUGCCCCUCCUCUCCCCCCCCCCCCGCUCCCGAGACAGGGCCUUUCAUGGUGACUUGGCACGAGCUGCUGCUGAGUGUGGAAACAGCCAUCUUCCUAAUGCCAGUGAGCCUACUGAUCAGCCACAUCUUCCAGCUGGUCCAGCCCCCAGCCCCAAAGCCUCCGGCUGCCAGCCCCGAACUGCUGCAGACUGUGAUGCCCCCCAAGCAAGUGAUGCCCAUCACACGAGUCAAGCAAGUGAGACCCCCUCCUCACAAGUCCCUCCAGUCAGCAAGAGGUUCUGAGCGGUCAGCCUCUGCCCUGAUGGGUGCUUGGCACUCUUGCCCUGCUCUCUCCAUUGCAGGAGCUGGAGGAGACCCUGGGCUUCCUCUACAAGAACAGCCUCUGCCAGUGCAAGUUCCCUGGGACUUCUGAGCAAGUACUGGAGCUUGUGGCUGCUCUGUGUGACCUCAUCGAGUCCUACCUCCAGCACCAGAAGGACCUGGAAGGUCCCCCUCAGGGUAAGAGUAGCCUUGGCAACGGGUGCAAACACCACUCCCUUCCUCUCAGACAGAGAGUGCGCCACCCUUCCUCAUGCUCUGUGCACCAGCUUGCACCUUUGGGGAGCUGAGCAACCCUUGACUUAAUUGGAAAAAAGGAGGGGGAAUUAAGGCUCUGUAGGGUGAGAGUGAUGCCUCUUUGUACUUGUUUCCAGAGAGGCGCUUCAACCUCCACAGCUACCUGAGCCAUGUGCUGAAUGACUUGGGGACUCAGCUCUGCAGCCUGGAUUUGUGCAGCUUCCCUAACCCCUAUGACCAUCUGCAUGCAGUGGACCAACUACAGAGAGUCCAGCAGCACCUAGAGCAGCAGCAGGCCCAGCCCUGGCCCAGCACUGAGGGGCCUGGCAGGUAGCCCCCAUCUGGAAGCUCCCCUCAGCUAUCUCUUCCCCACUCUCCUGGCCCCAUUUCCUGGUAAAAUUUUGCAGAGAUUGCUCCAAACCCAAAAUAAUACUUGGGGAACAAGAUCCUUGUAAGCCACUGUGAAACUCUGCGGCAUCUACUGUACACACCCUACAUAUGUAUACAAAGAAACACACCUAGCUAAGGUCAAAGUUCCUUCCGUGAAAUAGCUUGCAGGAAGAAACUAACCAGAUAUCUUCACACUCUAGGGAAUGCCUUCAGGGGCUGGGCGAGGAGGCAGGUCACAGUUACAGGAGAUAGAAGCUGCCCCCCCAGGACUCACCAGUGAGAAUGGGGGUCACAUAUGCAGCAGAGUGUUCAUAUGUGACCCAGAAACAGAGUGAGGCAACAGUCCAAGGUCACCACCGCAGUCAAGUUCAGGCAAGGUACAAUGCAGCAAGGCAGGGCGAUGAGAAUCAGGAAAUAAGGCACCAGAGACCUGUAUUAUUUCCUGCAACUAGAAGGCUCACUAGGGAGGCUUUAUAUGGUACUCUUGUCUCCUAAACUACACUCUCCACAGCCACUGACUGCUUCCUCACAAGCAGACUGCUGCCUCUGAUCCCAGAGACUGGCAGGGGGAGCUGUUCCACCCCCUGUUCUGACAGUUCCAGGAGUUUUUCAUCAGGUACUAACCUGGAGGGCCCCUGGAUCUAUAGGGUAUCUGGUUCAUCUUCAGAGGACUCUGUGUCUGGUCCCGUGUCACACUCAGACCCAGAGCCAGCCAGUUUUCCCAUCCCACCCAAUAACGGUCUUUUUCUUAACUGCCUAUUGCUUUUUCUGCUUGGUCUGUGGGACAUUUGCCCUCCCCACUGCACAGUUCCCUCCCUCCACUGGUAUUCCCAAAGGCUGAGGUGCCAUUUAUUCUCCUGUCUCUGUGUCUCAGGCCCACCGGGCCCAGGAGCGAGCUCAGCAGUUUCCCACUUGAAGACCCUGACAAGGAGAGGCCACCGUUCUCCCACUGUCUCCCCGGGAGAUUCAGCUUUGCCUGCUGGCUCACAGUGGGGAGCAUCAGCCUGAUUUCGGCCUUCUUCACAGUGCUCUACAGCCUAGAAAUGAGCAGGGACGAGGCUGGGCACUGGGCCGUCAACAUCCUGCUCUCAGUGCUACAGAACAUCUUUGUAAUGCAGCCCCUGAAGGUAACCUGGUCUUAUCUGGAGUGCAGCUAACCUCUCCCCACACCCUUGCCAGACCCAGAAUCUCCCCUCUUCUCUCUGCCUCUACAAGUGUCUUUGGUGUUCUGUGAUUCUGCAGCAACACUGCAGGGUCAGAGCUCUGCAAGGAUCCUCAGACCCCACAUAAGUCCAGACUCUGGGUUUAAUGCUUGUCCAUCUCUCCCCCAAUCCGCACUGGUAAUGGGUGUUAUGUUACUAACCAUUCCAUUUGUGGUGGGGCCCCUCCUGCAUAUUCUGCUAAGAGGGGCCCCAGACACCUGCCCUGUGGGGCUCCCCAAUGGCAACCCUGUUCUCUCUCCUUCCCAGGUGUUGGCUCUGACCUUCCUCUUCUCACUGCUGCACAAGAGGGAGUUGUGGAAGGACAAGGGACAGGAGCAGCAGUUCUGGUGGGCCCUGGGCCUUGUCACAGGUAAUUCAAGCUCUCCAAACCCCCCUCCCUGCGCCUCCAUCUGCAGUGCUUGAUAGGGCAUCUGCCUGAGUGGCCUCUGACCAAAGAGGGCCUUUUUCCUCUUGCUUGGGACUGACUCCAGCUUUCCUCUCCCUCUAGCAAGGGGCCUACAACUGGAAGCUUAUGGGCAGAGAGACUGGGCAGACCCAGCUUACAGACCCCCUGCCCUCCAGCCAAUGGUGCGGCCAAAGGAACGAGCCUUGAAAGACAAGAAGUUGUACUCCUUGAUCAGAGAGAUUGCAGGUGAGACCAGGCACGAAGGCCAGUAAGGGCGUGGAUGGAUUGUGCAACACUUCCUGCUCCCUCCCCACACCAAGCAGGGGUGAAAUAUGCUCAGCAUUCACACUCCUAAACAUCAGUGGUUAAGGAAGCAAGCAAGACAGAGAAUGAUACCAAGGCCAAGGUCAGAAUGGUGGGAGCGGCAGUCGCCUCUAGGAACACAGGAAGAAACUGCCACAUACCAUGUCAGAACAUUGGGCUUACCUGACAUUUUCAUCAAAAAAUUGCUUUGCACAGGUAACUACCAUAGACUUAGCAAAAUUUUCAAACGUAGGGGGUCCAUGGCUUGGCUUUUGAAAAAUAGGGGGUCCUCAGUACAGUGUUACCUCGGGUUACAGAUGCUUCAGGUUACAGACGCUUCAGGUUACAGAAUCCACUAACCCAUAAAUAGUACCUCAGGUUAAGAACUUUGCUUCAGGAUGAGAACAGAAAUCACGUAGCGGCAGUGGGAGGCUCCAUUAGCUAAAGUGGUACCUCAGGUUAAGAACAGUUUCAGGCUAAGAACGGACCUCUGGAACGAAUUAAGUUCUUAACCCGAGGUACCACUGUAAUUAGCUAAUUGGGAACCACUGCUAUAAACCAUACAUAACUCAGUGGGUGCAGAAUCUGCUCAGGACAAAUCUUCAGAUGUAAUUUGCAAAAUUUAAACCACCAGCAGGGAACAUCAUACCCAAGGGCGUAGAAAGGGGUGUGUGUGCGGGGGGGUGUGUGUGUGCGUUCUGCCCUGUGUCAUUCCUGAGGGGGUGACAAAAUGGCACACCGCAGGAGGGUGGCACUUACCGUGGGGCCUGGCCUGCAGCGCGCCCAAGCCAUGCGUCUCUCCUGGGAGUGAUGCAGUGGCUCAGGGCCCUGAGCUGCCCAAAACGGACUCCAUGGGCAGAUCACCACGCCACCCCCCAGGCGGAUCACCACGGCGCCCCCAUGGGCGGUGCCCCCCACUCCCGCUGCUCCGGGUGCCGGAGCAGCUAGCUAUGCCCAAUCAUACCUGCAAGCGGGUGGGUUGCUUAGAUCUGGAUGGGAUUAUAAUUUGGCCUGUGAGGUUGUUCUCCCCACGUCGUCUGGCUGUAGGGAUGCAAAAUCCAACAGGACAAACUGUUUCGAUCCACUUCCCUUUUCUGACACCCAGUGCAGCUUGUGUUCCUGGCUGUGCUGAUGGUCCUCAGCUAUACCGAGAGAAGCCCCAAUGAGUUCUACUUUAACAACGCCCUCCAGAGGACCUUCACAUCCCACCUGGAAGACAUCCUUACCCCAGAGGAGUUGUACAGGUGGAUCAGGGUGAUUUUGCUGCCUGGCCUCCAUGGCAAUUCUGAAGGUGAGCAGCACAAGGAACAGAGAUAAAAGAGACAUCCUUCUGUAUACAGGCAGCCCUCUGCUUAUGGGCAUUCUACUUGUGUGUGACUUUUAUGCGGGUCACCACAAAAUGAAUGACCGAAUAAAUUGAAACAGUAUGCCUUCCCUUGCUCAGGGCUGCUGCCUGGAAGUCUCUUUUUGCUGCUCACUCACUGCAAUGGGAGGGAUUGUGGGGAAGGCUCAAGGCAGAAGCCUCAAGAGAGGGAAAGUGUGUCGGGCAGUGGCACCAGCGGCGCACACUGUAUAAAUUAUAAAAACAUGGCCUCUUUAGGCUUUUUCAGUGUUGCCAAAGCUGAAACCUGAAAUUUACCCAGCUUUUCACAUCUGUACAAACAGGUGUGCAUCUGUGUGUUUUGCUUCUAAGCAGCACAUUUCUCCCCUCUCUCGAUCUCCCAGGUUUGGCCAUGGAUGGAAACUCUUUCCUUGUGGGCAGCGUGCGGCUACGGCAGGUCCGAGCCACAGGAGCCCCGGCAAAGCCAGGGCCAGCUUUUCUCCCACGCCAAGAGGGAAAGCAGGGUCCCACGGCCAGCUGGGGGCCUCCUGCUGCAGGUGGGAGAGGUCAGGCGAGUGCCUGGGUCUUCCAGAAUGAGAGCACGCUGCAAGAGUACCCCAUCUGGGGGAAGUUUGCUCUCUAUCCGGGAAGCGGCUACCUGGCAAACCUUGGCAGAAACAAAAGCUACGCCAAGAGGUAUGUGGACUGAGGGAGCUGCAAAACAGGCAUCAGGUCCCGAAAGAUCCAGGGGCUCUUUCUGGGCAGGUGUAUCUCAGUCUCUGCCCACUAUCUCCUGAUCUGGUGAAGCUGUGGGAGAGGCAGGUUAAAGCUAAAGACCCACAAUCCUGGCUAACAGUAGUGAAUAUGGCAUUGCUAGCUGGAGUCUGGCAGGUGGUACUUGAGGGAGAACUGAUCAACUGGGCAGGGCAUGCAAUAGUAAACUAGAGUUGUGUUUCUCUUCCCCUGCCGCCAGUAGAUUUAGGCACAGCCCUUAGAAUUCUCUCCCACUGCAAGGUGGACACACAAUACAACUUUUUUCUGCACCAUUCCCCACCAGAACCCUUCGCUAUCUGGAACGGAACAACUGGCUGGACAGAAGCACACGAGUCGUCUUCAUUGAGUUUGUUGUCUACAAUGCAAAUGUCAACCUCUUCUGCGCAGUCACACUGAUCUUGGAGGCCAAUGGGAUAGGCAAGAGCGUGUAGUAGAGACAAAGGGGGCCUAGCCCUGCAAUGGGCCUCAGAGGCAGGAUGGCUGUCCUGGGGCUGUUGGGGAGGGAGAAGGAGAAAAGGCGUUCCCUCUCCCUGGGAGCCAGCCUUGCUUGCAGCCUCCGUGCUUGACCCUGUGCCUGUUUCUGUGGCAGGGACCUUGUUCAGCAAAUCGGAGUUGCAAAUUCUCCGCCUCUAUCCAGAUCUCCAGCUCGUCCUCCAAUUUAUCUGUGCCCAGAUCACCUUUCUCCUGCUCAUACUAUACUACAUCUUUGUGCAGGUGAGCGGGGCCUCUGUGAGGCAGCUUAGUUUCCUUAGCUUAGCACCCUCUGGAUAUUGCUGGACUACAACUUCCAUCAGGUUUAGACAGCACUCUCAAGGUGCCUAGGGUUAGUGGGAGGUAUCAGCCAGUACCAGCUCAGGGGAGCUGAGAUGUAGAACCUGCGGUGGGCCCUCUGGGUGCUGCUAGGCUCCCAUCAUUCCUGACCAUUGCCAUUGGCUGCCUAGAGCAGUUGGGCAUUUGGAUUCCAGCAACACCUGGAGUGCCGCAGGUGUGUCAUCCCACCCUUGUUUUAGGGCAGUGUCAACCUUGGGUCCCCAGAUGUUGUUGGACUAUAACUCCCAUCAUCCCUGAGCUCUGGCCUUGCUAGCUAGGAACGAUGGGAGUUGUAGGCCAAAAGCAUCUGGGGACCCAAGGUUGAGAAAGGCUGUUUUAGAGGGUGGUGGUGUGUGGAGGUUGCUGUAUUGCCAGAGAAAGAGCAUCACACCACCAAUGCUCCUUCCACUUGCAUUUCCCCCCCCCAAAAAACAUGUGGCUGCCUGAGUCAAGCCUGCUUCUUCCAUGGGGCCAGCAGGGCCGGCAGUUGAAGCAGCAGAAGUGGAAGUACUUCAGCAGCAAGAGAAACCUGCUGGAUGCCAGCACCAUCCUCAUAAGUGUGGCAGCUAUUGGCCUUUAUGUGAAGAGGCGCGUGCUGGCAAAAGGCAUCCUGAAGCAGCAUCGCCAAGACCGCAACAAGUGAGUGUCUACCAUCCGAAACAAGGGGCAGGGGCAGGCCCCCACUCAGCAGAGGCGGCUUUCACACACCCUAAAGCAAAUCUCCCUCCACACCCCUGCCAGGUUCAUCAGCUUCUAUGAGAUGGUGGAAGUUGACUCUGCUCUGACAUACCUCAUUGCUUUUCUGGUGGCCUUGACAACCAUCAAGCUGUGGAACCUCCUGCGCCUAAAUCCCAGAAUGCACCUCAUCACACAGACACUGCAGAAAGCCUGGGAUGAGGUCCUGGGCUUCCUGCUCACACUUCUGGUGCUACUUGUGGGUUACGCCAUUGUGGUAAGAAGAGACCUGCCAACUGCAGGGAAACCAACCAAGGGCGGAGGGAAGAGCCCCCCCUUCCUGUGUCCUUAUACCCCUCCCCCUACAUCACCUUCACUCUCUUACCAUCAGUGCAACCUCAUGUUUGGAUGGAGCGUAGAUGACUACAAAACCUUCUUUAAUUCAGCUGUGACCAUCGUAGGGCUUCUCAUUGGAAUCUUUAAUUAUGAAGAGGUGAGUGCCAUGCAGCCCCACUUUAGGCCGAGGCACACUGCCAGGCUGCCCUUCCAGGACACCACAGAUCGCAACAGACCCCCAGCCCCAUUCAGCUCCCAGCUCAGCACCCAGAGAGACCUGCAUGGAUUUCAGCUUUCUAGGUCUAGAAUGCCAUGCUUCCCUGUGCCCUGCAAAGCACAGCACGGCCAACAGCUCUCUGCUAUGUGCAUAUGUAGACACAGGGGACAUAACUGUGCUCUUCAUGCUUAGGUCAUUGCUGUGGACCCCGUGUUUGGCGCUGUGCUGAUUGUAACCAGCGUCAUCUCCAUGGUGUUUGUGAUCAUCAACCUGUUUGUCUCUGCCCUUUUGACGACCUUCAGUCGGGAGAUGAAGGCUGCCAAGGUAGGUGUAAGCCCAAGCGGCUGGUGCUGCUCAUCAUCAGCCACCAGCCAAGCUUCAAGCAAUUAAGCCUUCAUGAGAAGCUGCUUGUGCCGCAGCCACCCCUCAGGAUCCGAGUUCACAUAUAAGGCAUCUCUCUCUCUCUCUCCCGGUUCAUCACAACAGGCCAGCAAGGAGGAAUCCAUGUUGCAGCUGAUUCAACUGAAGAUUUCCACCUUGUUUGGAAUCAAGAAACAGCCGCGCAUCCCAGCAGCUUCCCGAAAGGAGCCACAGGACUGAAGUGGCAUCAUCCCACCUCCCCAUUUGGACAGCUCUUUUCUAUUCUAAAAUGGGAAGGGUCACCAUUUUCCAAGUAUCACUAACGUACAUGCUAUCUUUAAGAAUAUCAGAGGUCAGCUGGGCUGGCAAGAAAAUCUAUAGGGCUUUUCUCCCACUUUUAAGCUGCCCCUCCCGCUCUUCAGCUAAUUUACCAUGUGAUCUUGACUCAACAUUACCUCAUGCUACAUCCUACUUCCUUUAGCCUUGACACACCUUUGAGUUGUUGGGACUAACCAAGGCAGAACAAAUCUGACUGCCCAGAAAUCCCCUGCUGAAGCCCUGCAGGCUGAAGAGCAAAACCGAUCUUACUGGCUUCCAGCCCAAAGGCCGGUCAAGUCCCUAAACAGCAGGAGCCAGUUUCUUCUCUGCCCAAAGAGGCAGAGCAAAGGAGGGCUGUUCUUAUUUAUAGCCAAUCCCAAAUACUCAGUGGUGCACAUCAAUUAAGCCUUACAAAUCAAUUUAUUUUUCAUGUCGCUGAGGAACUCUUUACCUAUUGCAGGGCUUAACCCCUGAGGAGACAAACAGGGAAUUGUAGAUUAUACUCUACCCAGCCACAGAUUUGAAGAACUCAUAUGACAAAGGUGGGUCUGUUGAGAUGCACAAAGGAUACACUGUUUCAAGGUGAACCAGAGGGAGGAGAUAGAAGGGAGGGUGGGGAAGAAGAGUGACUAUUGCCCCUCCCCACCCAGAGAGCUCAGUUUGCCCAAUGGGAGAGAUCAAAUCCAUGAAAGGAAUCCAAUCCUGCCUUUCCUUAAAGGCAGCCAACCUUCAAGAUGCAAGGAUCCUUAAGCAGCCCUUACCUUAAUCCAGAGGGGACCCUUCUGCCCAAGCAGAAAGCACUCAUCCCCCUGCUCCAACCUGUAAAGGUCAGCAUAAAUCCUACAAGGGCUAAUUUCUCAAGAAUGAUAGCUUGACAGUUCUAUCACAUCACUGCAGAGAAGGACAGCACUUCCCCGUGCCCUGCAGGACAGGUGGCCCGCUCUUCUGAAGCUGCCCCUGCUGCCACCAACCACAAUGUCUUGUGGGAAGCAAGUCUAAAGGGAGCCUCAUAAAAUUCGCCUGUGGGCGGUGGUUGUGGGCUGCACUGCAGAUCCUCAGGUGUGCGAUCCAAACUGAUAGGACUUGUUCCAAAAUAUAACUGCGAAGCCAAAGUAAAGGCAACACAUUUGCAUGCUCCUUUUUGCCAAUAUUUCCCCUUCCCUCAAUAAAUAGUACUCCUUGUUUGACUGGAAGUGUGACUGUCAGUCUGAAGGAACGGCCAUGAUAAGAACUGGUGGCAGCUGCCCCUCCAUGUUGUAAACAUACCAUGCCUCCUUUGCUUCCCCUCCACCACUGCCAGAAGCCAGGAAAUAUUAUGUUUCACUUGAGACAGAUCCAGUCAAGGCUAUUCCUCAACUUUAUUUAGAAUUAAUAGAGAAGAUACAAACCAAUCAAAUUGUCCCAGAAAAGCCACAUGAAAGAGUUACAUACAGAGUGUUACAUGGGAGAGCUGAGGUUGGCUGCUGGCACUGCAGCUGGUCUGUAAGAGCAGCAGAAGUUGCUGGAUGUGUUGCUGCUGCUGUCACCACCACCACCCAUGGCUUUGCCCUAUAGGCAAGGGAAGAGGCUAGAGAACCAGGAGUGAUGGCACAUGUCAAGCAAUGGCCCUGAACCCAGCCUGAUGCAGAGCCACGUUAAGGCAGAACUGGGCUCACUCAAAGCUAGGAGAAUGUGUCUGCUGCUCUGCAAGCCAGAGGCAGGAGGACCACUGAGCCACAAGGAGUGUAGACUGGUCAACUCCUGUGCCCCACAGCAUCCCUCCCCAAAGGAAAGUCAUAAUGGCCCCGGAGGGCUCCCUGAGAACGCGGCAGGCAAAACAAAGCUAUCAGGGGCCCAGAGCAGCUCCCCUUCCACAGCACAUGCCUGGAGGGGGGGGGGCGCGCUUCUGUCCAACUACGUUGCCCAGAAUCUUCAGGUUGGUGUCCCUACACCAUGGUCUGUCCAAAUGAGAGGCCACCUACAUCACUCCCUUUCCCCUCUAAUGCCCGGCUGCAGACUGCAGAGCAAUGCAUUCGGAGGGAUUGUUCCUGCUCCUAUCUCAAAGAGGCUGUGCAGUCCCCCACUCCUGGAGCAGAAUGUCAGAAAAGCAGUGGCAUUUGGUGUAAGUACAGAAGGAAGAAAGGCCAAGCGGAGGAAGAGGAACGAGCACUUGGCCGUGCUAAGAGGAAAGGAGGAGGCAGCAAUCAGGCCCAUCGGCCCCCUGUUCAGGGGCUCUUUUUAAGUUUUCUUCUUCAGUUCCUCAAACCUUCGAGAGAGGUCAUCGAAGUCAAUGUCUUCUGAGGCGGAAGUGUUGGCACCAGCAGAAGCGGCAGGCAGCGUGUCUGGCACAGAUGGCAACUCUGGCAGCACAAAAUUAUCACCCGAACUAGGAACUGCAGCUGGUGGCCUCCCCCUCGGCUGUGGCUUUGGGGCUGGUCCUGCAGCAGACAAGAGUGACUGGUUACAAGCAGUAGGCAGGCUCAAGGCAGCGAAAACAGUAGUCUACCCAACAGUAGUAGGGGCAGGGGUAGGACCAUUCUUCUUUUUGCUGUACUACAGUUAGUAUAUGUCCUGCAGAAGUGAGCACUUGCUGCACUUCAGUUGAGCCUUGCAGCUCCUACCAGUUGCUAAAGGGGCUCAAGCUCUCUGCCAUGAAGAGUCCCAGUCUCUGCCCCAACACAGACACACAUGGGCACAUGCUUACCUCAGCAACUCAAGAGUGAACACAAGAGUGAAGGGGACCAACAAUAAACACAAGCACCAGCUUUCCCCUGACAUCACCACCUCCCUCCCUCCUCACUGCCUUGCCAGCUCCACAGCCUUCCCCUUCGGCCCUGCACUCACCGGUCACCUGUGGGGAUGGCAAUUCCUUGUCAGCACCCAUGUCAUCAAUCUGAAACAGAAAAAAGCUGGCUUUGCAUGGAGCACCCCACACAGAACCACCACCUGACAACUCCCCAGAGGCCUACAUGCACAGCAGAAGCACCAUAUCUGGUGUUCCCAUCUUCUUUAUGCAGCCUUGCCAGACAGCAGAAGGAAGGAUGAAAUGAGGGAUCUGGAGGAGGAGGAAGCAGUGGUGGUGAGCCUGGCCUGGUGGUGCCAUAGGUGAGGGAGAGCCGUUCAGCAUGGCUGACUACCUGACUAGAAAGUGGCCCUGGCUAUGUCCCCCAAGGAUGGCCUGUAGCUCUUAACCAUCGCUGGCAGUCUCACCUUCAACCUGACAUGAACCACCAGCAACCACAGAAGUCUGGAGAGCAGCAGCUGAACAAGCACAAGGGCAUGAAGGUGGACACAUCCCCAUUUCCACACUCUGUAGCUGCUCAACCCACCCCACAUCUCAUCCUCCACCCCUGCCAGCCAACGUCAGCUCAUGCCUUCCAUGGGCAGCAGCCUGGACUCUGAGACCAAGGUGACCUCUGAGUCACUGCCUGCAAGCUCAUCCAGGCUGCUGAGAUCAUGCUGGGGCUCCCUUGGUAUCAUUAUCACAGCCCCUCCCUCCUGCCUGGUAGACUCAAGUAGCUGCUCUGCUCGCUCCCCUCAGUGGCUGCCUCUUCCACCACCACAUCGUCAACCAAGGUGCGGCUGAAGAAGCUGGAGCAGCUCCUGGUGGACAGGCUGCAGGGCCACUGCUGGACCUCCUGGUCGGCCUCUAUACCAAGUGUAGUUUCCACUCACUGCUCCAGAGGGACAGGCUUGUCUUGGACUUCCUUAAGUGGGAAUGGGACUCCUGAUUAUUGAAAGUGACCUGGGCAAGUUUCUCCUCAACAAUGCCUAGGCAGGCAACAUCCACCUUACCACUGGCGGUAGGCCUAAGAGCCCCAUCAUCUCCACCAUGGCCCACUACUCAAGGACCCCAGCCAGUGCAACAUCUGGCAUUAUGUGCAUAUAUGUGUAUUAUAAUGAACUGAACAGAGUGAAAGAUUAUGAGUCAUGGGGGUACAGAGGCUGUGUGAAUGAACUUAGUGCUUAGCUUAUAUUUUUAAUUGCUAUUUUGUUAAUGUUUUUAAUAUUGUUUUAUAGAUUCUAAAUGCCGAAUUGAUUUGUUAAUCACAUGACUUGCUGUAAUUGUGAGGUUUAGCUUAUUUUUUAGUUGCUGUUUUCUUAAGAUUUUUAUAGAUUGCCACUGUUUUAUUGAUGUUUUAUUGAUAAUUUGUUAAUUAUUUUAUAUGAUGUAUGCUGUAUUCGCGACAUGCUAGUAUGUUUUAUUAUGUUAUGGCUAUUUAUUGUUUGUAAGCUGCUUUGAGAUGAAAAGCAACAUAGAAUGAAUGAAUGAAAAGCCAACAUAGAAAUGCAAUAAAUCAAAAUCAUAUCAAAGGUG